CAUUGGUUCACAUCGGCGGGAAAUGCACCAAAGGCGGGAAAUUCCAUUUCCGGCCGAAACGCAACUGACCGCCGUAGGAUCAUUCCUUCCCAGAUCCAACCGCCCGAAACUUCCCCUUUAUAUACAGAUUCCUCCACUGCUCCCCUAAAUCCUAAUUCACGAAUCACGACUCGCUUCGCUAUUGCUCUCACUUUCGUAUUUGUUUUCCGAAACGUUCUCUCAUUCUCUCUCUUUUUCCACAAGCUGAAAGAGCUCUCGCGGAGUAAACCCUCGAUCCAUCGGAGUCGCGAUUUUCAACAGGGGGAGAAGUAAUCGAAUGGCGAGACCGUCGAAGCAGCAGUCCUCGGACGACGAUUCACUGUCCAACGCCUCCAAUUCGUCCGAAGAGGAGCCAAUCAACGACCAGAUCAACGACGAGGAGGACGAGGAGGAGCUCGAAGCGGUGGCGCGCAGUGCCGACGAGUCAGAAGACGACGAAUCCGGCGGAGGCGGCGCAGCUGCCGAUGAUGACAACGCCGAGGAGACUGACGAGCCCGAAGAGGAUAUGAGCAACAAUCAAAUUAGCAAGCGCGAAAAGGCUAGGCUGAAAGAGAUGCAGCGGCUGAAGAAAGAAAAGAUCCAGGAAAUAUUGGAUGCACAAAAUGCUAGCAUAGAUGCUGAGAUGAAUACUAGGGGUAAGGGCCGCUUGAACUACCUACUACAGCAAACAGAGUUAUUUGCUCACUUCGCCAAGCCUGAUCAUACUGCACCAAAGGGCAAGGGAAAAGGGCGCCAUGCUUCAAAAAUUACUGAAGAAGAAGAAGAUGAAGAGUACUUGAAGGAGGAAGAGGAUGGAAUGGCAGGAAAUACGAGGCUGGUGACUCAACCUUCUUGUAUUCAAGGGAAGAUGAGGGAUUAUCAACUGGCUGGGUUAAAUUGGCUCAUCAGGCUGUAUGAGAAUGGCAUAAACGGAAUCCUUGCAGAUGAAAUGGGACUUGGAAAGACUUUACAAACCAUCUCAUUAUUGGGGUACCUGCAUGAGUUUAGAGGGAUCACGGGUCCUCAUAUGGUAGUUGCCCCCAAAUCUACACUUGGAAAUUGGAUGAAUGAAAUUCGUCGGUUUUGUCCAGUGUUACGUCCUAUCAAGUUCCUUGGAAAUCCUGAAGAAAGAAGGCAUAUCCGAGAGGAUUUACUUGUUGCUGGUAAGUUUGAUAUAUGUGUCACAAGCUUUGAAAUGGCCAUUAAAGAGAAGGCUGCUCUGCGGCGCUUCAGCUGGCGCUACAUAAUUAUUGAUGAAGCUCAUCGGAUAAAGAAUGAGAAUUCUCUUCUUUCAAAGACAAUGAGACUCUACAAUACCAAUUACCGGUUGCUCAUCACUGGGACUCCUCUUCAGAACAAUCUUCAUGAACUCUGGGCUCUACUCAACUUCUUACUUCCAGAGAUUUUUAGCUCAGCCGAAACAUUUGAUGAGUGGUUCCAAAUAUCCGGUGAGAAUGACCAGCAGGAGGUUGUGCAGCAACUGCACAAGGUCCUUCGCCCUUUUCUUCUUAGAAGAUUGAAGUCUGAUGUUGAGAAAGGUCUACCUCCUAAGAAGGAGACGAUAUUGAAAGUAGGCAUGUCCCAGAUGCAGAAGCAAUACUAUAAAGCGUUACUACAGAAAGAUCUAGAAGUUGUUAAUGCUGGUGGAGAACGUAAACGUCUUCUGAACAUAGCCAUGCAGCUGCGUAAAUGUUGUAAUCAUCCAUAUCUUUUCCAGGGUGCUGAACCAGGCCCCCCUUACACCACUGGGGAUCACCUUGUAGAAAAUGCUGGCAAAAUGGUUCUCCUGGACAAGUUACUUCCUAAGCUAAAAGAGAGAGAUUCAAGAGUUCUGAUAUUCUCUCAGAUGACAAGGUUGCUCGACAUUCUCGAGGACUAUUUAAUGUAUCGUGGGCAUCUGUAUUGCCGAAUUGAUGGUAAUACUGGUGGUGAAGAUCGUGAUGCUUCCAUUGAAGCCUUCAACAAACCUGGAAGUGAGAAAUUUGUGUUCUUGCUGUCAACAAGAGCUGGAGGGCUUGGUAUUAAUCUCGCUACCGCAGAUGUUGUCAUUUUGUAUGACAGUGACUGGAAUCCACAAGUUGAUUUGCAAGCACAAGACCGUGCUCAUAGGAUAGGUCAAAAGAAAGAAGUUCAAGUGUUUAGGUUCUGCACAGAGUAUACCAUUGAAGAAAAGGUCAUUGAAAGAGCUUACAAGAAGCUUGCACUUGAUGCUCUUGUCAUUCAACAAGGAAGGCUGGCAGAGCAGAAAGCUGUCAACAAAGAUGAGCUGCUUCAAAUGGUGAGGUUUGGUGCUGAAAUGGUUUUCAGCUCAAAGGACAGUACAAUUACGGAUGAGGACAUCGACAGAAUCAUUGCUAAAGGAGAAGAAGCAACAGCUGAGCUUGAUGCUAAGAUGAAGAAGUUCACCGAGGAUGCCAUAAAAUUCAAGAUGGAUGACAGUAUGUUCAUAAAGAAAUUUGUUUUUGUUGGUUUCAUUAACUUCAUUUCUGCUAAACUGCUGAGCGUGUCUUUGUUCAUUGUGACAGCUGCUGAAUUGUAUGAUUUUGAUGACGACAAGGAUGAGAACAAGGUUGAUUUCAAGAAAAUUGUCAGUGACAACUGGAUAGAACCUCCAAAAAGAGAGCGGAAGCGCAAUUACUCAGAAUCUGAAUACUUCAAGCAAACAAUGCGCCAAGGUGGUCCAUCCAAACCAAAGGAGCCUCGGAUUCCUCGCAUGCCACAAUUGCAUGAUUUCCAGUUUUUCAACACACAGAGGUUGAAUGAGUUGUAUGAAAAAGAAGUGCGCUAUCUCAUGCAAACUCAUCAAAAGAAUCAGUUGAAAGACACAAUUGAGGUAGAUGAACCUGAAGAUGUUGGAGAACCAUUGACUGCUGAAGAGCUAGAAGAGAAGGAGAAGCUGUUGGAAGAGGGAUUCUCUUCGUGGAGUAGAAGGGACUUCAAUACUUUCAUUAGGGCUUGUGAGAAGUAUGGCAGAAAUGACAUAAAAAGCAUUGCUUCUGAAAUGGAAGGCAAGACAGAGGAAGAGGUUGAAAGAUAUGCAAAAUCUUUCAAGGAAAGAUUCAAAGAAUUGAACGAUUAUGACAGAAUCAUCAAGAAUAUUGAAAGAGGAGAGGCCAGAAUUUCUCGUAAAGACGAGAUAAUGAAAGCUAUCGGGAAGAAAUUGGAUCGCUACAAGAACCCAUGGCUCGAGUUGAAAAUCCAGUAUGGUCAAAACAAAGGGAAGUUGUACAAUGAAGAAUGUGAUCGUUUCAUGAUAUGCAUGGUCCACAAACUUGGAUAUGGGAAUUGGGACGAGCUCAAGGCAGCAUUCCGUACAUCACCUCUGUUUCGGUUUGACUGGUUUGUCAAGUCGCGAACGACUCAGGAACUGGCUAGGAGAUGCGAUACCCUAAUCCGAUUGGUGGAGAAGGAAAAUCAGGAAUAUGAUGAGAGGGAAAGGCAGGCUCGUAAAGAGAAGAAGCUUGCCAAGCAGAGUAUGACCCCAUCUAAGCGUGGUGGUGGCGGCGGCUCGAGGCAAACUGAGAGCCCCAGCUCCCUCAAGAAACGCAAACAACUCUCCAUGGAUGAUUACCUGACCUCGGGAAAGAGGAGGAAGUAGCGAAACAAAGCGCAUUGCUCCACUAGAGACUUUCGGCGAGGAGUAGCCUUGGUGCUUGUGUCCUCCUUGACAUUGUUAGAUGAACUUCCACCAGGGCUGAUUUUUUAGAAAUUAUGUACAGGAAAGCCCCAGAUUCUUCGUACUAGUCGGAGUAUACUCAUGUUGUUCAAGGCAUUAUCAGUCCCUGCAUCCCAAAUGUAAACUAAUCAGACCAUUAGUUGCUGUCUGCAACCGGUACUAGACAUGAACGAAAGCGUGUAAUGAUUACAAUCAGGUUUUAGAUCGUGCCUCCUGUCUGUAAUCCUGAAUAUUAUUAGAUUAACUUCAAAUUAUUAUGAUUUAGGAAUUGGGAUCCCAAUUUGCAGACAACUCUGUUCUCCA